GUGGUGCCGCGGGGCGGAGCUUAGAGCUGGCGGUUGGCGCGGCGGAGGCGGCCGGGCCCUGCCGAGCAGCUUCGGGUGCGCUGCUGCCGCCCCCCCUCCUGUGGCUCCCCGCAGCUGUUCCGUCUAGCGGGAUCGGGCCCCGCUCCAGCGUCCGCGCGCAGGGGUCCCCUCAGCCGCGCCGCCCGGCCCGGGGGCCGCCGUGACUCUCCCGGGCGCCCCCAGUGCUGGGUAAGCCCCGGCCAGGCGCCCGGGAGCUGCGCCCCUCCCGCGCCGCCAUGGCCCCCAAGGACAUCAUGACCAACUCCCACGCCAAGUCCAUCCUGAACGCCAUGAACGCCCUGCGGAAGAGCAGUACGCUCUGCGACGUGACUCUGCGCGUGGAGCAGAAAGACUUCGCCGCUCACCGCAUUGUGCUGGCGGCCUGCAGCGACUACUUCUGCGCCAUGUUCACUAGCGAGCUUUCAGAAAAAGAUAAACCAUAUGUGGAUAUCCAAGGGUUGACAGCCUCUACUAUGGAAAUCCUGCUGGACUUUGUGUAUACAGAAACGGUUCAUGUGACAGUAGAAAAUGUCCAGGAAUUGCUCCCAGCAGCAUGUCUGCUUCAGCUGAAAGGUGUGAAGCAGGCUUGUUGUGAGUUCUUGGAAAGCCAGCUGGAUCCAUCAAACUGUUUGGGCAUCCGAGAUUUUGCUGAGACACACAACUGCGUUGAUCUAAUGCAGGCAGCAGAGGUCUUCAGCCAGAAACACUUCCCAGAGGUGGUUCAGCAUGAAGAGUUCAUCCUCUUAAAUCAGGAAGAGGUGGAAAAGCUCAUCAAAUGUGAUGAAAUUCAGGUGGAUUCUGAAGAACCUGUUUUUGAGGCAGUUAUAAAUUGGGUGAAACACUCAAAAAAGGAACGGGAGGACUCCUUGCCAGAGCUGCUGCAGUACGUGCGCAUGCCGCUUCUUACCCCACGCUACAUCACAGAUGUCAUAGACACCGAGCCUUUUAUACGGUGCAGUUUGCAGUGCAGAGACCUUGUAGAUGAAGCUAAGAAAUUCCACCUAAGGCCUGAGCUCCGGAGUCAGAUGCAGGGACCCAGGACUAGAGCACGUCUAGGGGCUAACGAGGUUCUGCUAGUGAUUGGAGGCUUUGGCAGUCAGCAGUCACCUAUUGACGUGGUGGAAAAAUAUGACCCAAAGAUCCAGGAGUGGAGUUUCUUGCCGAGCAUCACCCGUAAGAGGCGCUAUGUUGCCACGGUGUCCCUGCAUGAUCGGAUUUAUGUGAUUGGGGGAUACGACGGCCGCUCCCGUCUCAGCUCUGUGGAGUGCUUGGAUUACACGUCGGAUGAGGAUGGCAUCUGGUACUCAGUGGCUCCAAUGAAUGUUCGUCGAGGCCUGGCAGGGGCCACUACCCUAGGAGAUAUGAUUUACGUUUCUGGUGGUUUUGAUGGAAGCCGGCGUCACACCAGUAUGGAAAGAUAUGACCCAAAUAUUGAUCAAUGGAGUAUGCUGGGAGACAUGCAAACAGCUCGGGAAGGAGCAGGACUGGUUGUAGCUAAUGGUGUUAUCUACUGCCUCGGUGGCUAUGAUGGGCUGAACAUCCUGAACUCUGUAGAGAGGUAUGACCCUCACACUGGACACUGGACAAAUGUCACCCCAAUGGCCACCAAGCGCUCAGGAGCAGGAGUAGCGUUGUUGAACGAUCACAUUUAUGUUGUUGGUGGGUUUGAUGGGACAGCGCAUCUCUCCUCUGUGGAAGCCUAUAACGUUCGCACUGAUUCCUGGACUACUGUGACGAGUAUGACAACGCCUCGUUGCUACGUGGGUGCCACCGUGCUGAGGGGACGGCUGUAUGCAAUAGCUGGGUAUGAUGGCAACUCGCUGCUGAGCAGCAUUGAGUGCUAUGAUCCCAUCAUUGAUAGCUGGGAAGUGGUGACCUCACUGGGUACACAACGUUGUGAUGCUGGUGUUUGUGUCCUUCGGGAGAAGUGACUUUGGAGAAGCCCAGAUCUCUCGGCAGCUUUUGCGCUGUCUUUGUUCGCUGACGAAGACAGAGACCAUGACAAUUCAUGAAGCGAGUACCCCAACCUGCUGAUGUGACAAACAUUGACAGCUUUACUGAUUUGUAUUUGUCGUCUUUCUACAUUUGCAGAGCACGCAGCCUAAUUCCAGUUCUAGUGACACUGUACCCAUUUUGUCGACAUUCAACAACCCAAUUAUUGAGAUCUUUCUCUAGGUCAGGAAAGGAAGCACACCUUGUUGGACAUUUUUUCUUGCUGCUUGGCAUGUCUUUUAGUGUUUUAUUUUUUUCACCAUUCUCUUACUUGCUUCUCAUUGAUACAGAAUUCACGAGCAGCAGCGCAAUUAUUUGCUUCUGCAUAUUCAACAACUUUAAGUUUGAACGCUGCGUGAUAAGCAGACCGUUUUCUUUUGAUUUCACCGUUCAUUUUAAAUACUAGUAUGAAAAUAGAUUAUUAUUAUUAUUAUAGUUAUAGAUUUUUUUAGGACUUUAGGAAUGUCACCUGCUUUAUCACUGUCAAAUUAUUAUUAUUCUUUGUUUAUUUCAAAGCAGCCCUGUAGAUUGGCAUGUCUGUGGCGAUAACAGGCUAUUUAAAUUUUAUUAGCGAUUCCAUCGAUUCUGUACGUUAUAUUUUCAUAUUGGCUCGAGACUUAUGAGGUCCAUUGGCAGAAAUGCAUGAAGAGAUCAAAUUAUACAGUAGCGGACUGACACCAGUGCUAUAGUACUAUUGUUCAUGGUAUUUUUCUGAUUGGCUUGUAAGGUGUAGCAUUUUGUGAAAUGCGUGAGGCAAAUGUCAUGCAGAUCUGCAGCACUGCUCUUUUAGUAUUCAUUUCAAGCCAAUCUAGUCCACUAAACAAAGCCUUUGGAACUUUAAAGGCUGCAGUAUUGACAUCAAUAAAUAGGUCGGCAAACUUUGGCUCCUGGCUUGUCAGGGUAAGCUGCUGGUGGGUUCGGACGUUUUGUUUACCUGGACUGUCUGCAGGCAUGGAGCCCCUCAGCUCCCUGUAGCCACACUGUGCCGUUCCCAGCCACUUCCUGCAGCUCCCAUUGCCUGGGAAUGGUGAACCGCGGUCACAGGGAGCUGAGGGGCUCCAUGCCUGCGGACGCUCCAGGUAAACAAAACAACAGUGUAUUAGAUAUUCAAUUCAAUAAUUCCGUAGGGUUUAAAAUCUUCAGAUUUUGGUGUAGACCCGUUUAUAAGCUGACCCCCGCUCUUUAAUGCUUCACUUUUUACCAGAAAUAUUCAGCUUAUGAACAAGUAUAUAGGAUAAUUUGGUUUUUAAAAGCCACCUUUGUGCUGUAUUUUGUGUUAGUGUUGCCGGCCUAGAGAAGGCCCGGGGGGGCAAUAGGAUCCAUUGCCCGGUGUGCUUUGCACCAAUGAAGACACCGAGGUGGAGAAACAAAGCAAAUUUAUUCGAGAUCUCUGGAUAGGCACUAGGAGACCAGCAUGUCUCAAAUCAAGUGCAGCAAAUACAAGCAAGUUUUCCCUUUUAUAUUCCAAGCAGUUUCUGUGCAGGCUUUGUCUGUUACUUUUCCCCCUACCCCUCCGUCCCCUCCCUCCUAAAGCAGUUACAGUUAGGAAAGUUCCCAUUCGUCUGCUUAUCUUUGACCUUGUUAGUAUGAACGAAACAGCAGCUAUCUGCUAGAAAAGCUGACCAUUACAUUACUGCUUUAGCCUGCUUCAGCAUGUAAGCAGUUAGCAUAGAAGUAGGUGAAAGUUCACAAGAUGGAGUCACUGUGGCUCACUUAGACCCAGAGCAAAGGAGUUUCAUCGGCACUUAUGGCCUUCCACUCCCCUGAGUUACCUGGUAGCUAUGCCUAGUGACACCAACAAUAGCACCUUUAUCACAGACCCCCAGGCCAAACCUUAAACUUUUGACUCCUGCAACAGACCUUUGUGAAGUAGCUAGACUAGCAUUUAGAGUCCUAUUAGUUAACUUGCAUUAAUUGGUAAUUAAUUGAGUUUCAACAGGGCCACAAAUUCUAGUCUAGACAAAUCCCGGAGGCCAGGUUUUCAGAACUCAGCAUGUUAGGUCAUAGCUGAGGUCACAGUAGGAGGUGAACACUUUUGCUAAUCUGGCCCAGAGCUCAGCUUCCAUUUGACAAUCAGGCCCCGGUUUCAGGUGCUGAGCUCUGGAAAAUCAGAUCUUUCAUGACCUAGCCUGUCUUUUUCCCCUUGACUAAUGAAACCGCAACCGGGUCAGACAUUGUUUCAGCUAUUGCCUUAGCAAGAGUAGAAUGGUGGCUAAAUGCUUUUAUUUCAACAUGUUGGGUGUUGCACAUUUGUGAAAUCAAGGGCGCAGUUUUCUGCAGAGAAUGAAAUGAAAAUGCUGCUGAACUGUUUGGGCUGGUCUCUGCAGUGCACUGGCUUUCAAAGCCAUUCUGCAGUCUGGCUGAAUCCAGUUGUCUGUUCUGCUGCACCUCUUCUGGGUAGGUGUGCAUGUGAUGUUCUGUCCCAGAUCCCACACAGGAGAGGGAAAUAGAAACUGGCAAUAUAACAAUGCCUUAGUCCUCCUUAACCAAACCUUCCAUUAUCUCUGUGCCCAGCAUAACUCCAAGAUGAAGGGAGAGGUGCAGUACUGUGGUCUUCCUGAGGGAUUCUUCAAGGCAGGGCUCGAAGGGGACAGAGUUAAGGACAUGCGGAAAGUGUCACCUUAACGCUGCAUUCCUGGUUUUUGUGUCUCCCCUCCGCUAUCAGUGAUAGGUGAUAUCAGUUGAAGUGUGGGCAGUCCUUAACUCAGCAUCUCCUGGAUUGCUAAUGUUCCAAUAUUGGGUUGCAGAAUCCCACUUUCUGGAUAGGUGUGAGGAGCAAAAAGUGCUGGUGCGUGUGAGGAAUCAGAACUGCCCCUUAAGGAUACAUUGUGUAAGAAACUGAGGGUUUAUCUACACUACAAAGUUAAGUCAACAUAAGACAGGUGUAUAUGCUGUGAUGCUCCUCCUGCCAGUUUAACUCUCCUGCUGCACCAACAUAAUAAAAUCACCUUGAUGAGAGGUGUAACAUCUAGGGCGAUGUAGGUAGAGUGAUGCAGCGUCAGUGUAGAUGUUGCAUUGUUUAUGUUGCCCAAGUGGCCUCCAGGCGGUGUCCCACAAUGUCCAUUGUGACCGCUCCAGUUGCUGUUUUGAAGGUCACUGCCCUGCAGCCAGGUACCCAGGCAUGUGCCCCUCCCCUUUUAAAGCCCCAGGAAGUUUUGAACUUGCUCUUCCUGUUUGCUAGGUGUGGAGAGCUCACAUAGCAGCUGUCCAGCUGUGCAGGAUGGCUUCAGGCAGCAAACAUGCUCCUGCCUGGAGUACACAGGAGGUGGUGGAUCUCCUGGGUCUGUGGGGAGAGAAGACCCAGCUCUGCUGUAGCUACAGGAACUUUUUUGGGGCAUGGAGAAGAAGGGCUAUAAUAGGGGGACACAGCCGUGCCAUGUAAAAAAUCAAAAAGCUGCAGCAGGCAUAGCAGAAGACAAGGGAGGCAAAUGGUCACUCUGGUGCAGAUUUGCAGGCAUGCUGCUUCUACAAGGACGGGGCUGGGGUCAGGGUGCUGACAUGCAGGUGGGGGAGCAGUCAGGGUGAGGGCUGUAGGGGAAUAGGGGGGCUGGGGUUGGGGUUGUGGGAGCAGCCAGGGUAGUGGUAUAAGGGUGAGGAGCUUUUGAAGGGAGCAGUCAGAGUGGGAGGGCAGGGUGCUUAGCCUCAGACUAUAGAAAAAGCAGGCAUGGUUUUAAGGAAGAAAGAGAGAUACCACUGGCAUUCACUUUUUCAUAUAGAUGUAAACUGCGCAGGAUUAAAUUACUGAUGGAGAGUGGGAAAUUGGUACAAUUUUUGCCUAUUGUAGAUUAUUCAUUAAAGAAAAGGGAUUUACUUCU